UCAAUCCACAUACCAUUGCACUGUUAUCGUCCCCAUUACCCUUUUUCAUCUUCUUCUUCCUUGUUUUCUUUCUCCUUCGUUUCUCUCUCUCUCUCUCUACCUUUGUGGGCUGAAAAAUCCAAAACUUUUCUCACUCCCUUUUCCAUUUGAUUUCCUGCUUUUUUGUUGGACAUGAGAUGAGAGGUGCCUUUUUGGGGUUCAGGCUUUCAGACAGCACAGGAUCCAAGCUACCCCUUUUCCCCCAUUUCUAGGGUUUCUUCAAUUCUUCUUCUGAUUUCUUCUUCGUCAGUUUAAUUGUUUGUUUUUGAGAAGAGAGAGGGAUAGAGAAGAAAGAGAUGAGCUACAGUUGUCUUUCUCUCUCCCUCUUCCUUCCUGUAAAAAAUAAUUGAAGGUUGGAGCGAGUUAGUGAGAGAAGAGGCAGUGUGGAGACAUUUGGAUUUAGGCCUUGUGUCUUUCCUCUUCCUCUUUUUCUCUUCUUGCACCCUAUUUUCAAUUCCCUUUCUUCUUCAAGCAAAUUAUAGAUACAAAUACAUACACACACACACAUAUAUAUAGUCGUCCUUGCAUUUUGGCCUUGAUCUAGCGGUUUGAUUUGUGUUUGUGCAUCUGUUGCUCGUGUUUCCAAGUUUUUUAACUUUUCGGAAGGGGAAAAUCUGAAGGCGGAAAAGGAAAGGAAAACCCUCCAUAUAUAUAUAUUUAUAUAUACGUAUAGAGAGAGAGAGACAGAGAGAUUGGGAAGAUCUUGAGGGAGAGAGAAAAUUGCAAAAUCUGAGGCAGGGAUUAAUUGAUGAAUUUUGGGGAUUUUCUUGAUAGCAAUUCUUGCGGCGGCGAUAGUGCAGAUUUGCCAUAUACCAGCAGCAAUAAUCCCGACGGCGCCAUCCCUAUGCCCACAACCGCCGCCGCCAUUGCUCCGCCGAGGCUCCUCCCUUCCAAGCCCGUCGUCUUUCGCUCUCCUGCCCUCUCUCUUGCCCUCCAAACGGGAAUGGAGGCGCAGGGAGAGAUGGGGAGAUUGGGCGAUCUUCAGAACUACGAGAUGCUGAGCAACAGUGUCGCCGGCGGAAGAAGGAGCCGCGACGACGACCACGAGAGCAGAUCUGGCAGCGACAACAUGGACGGCGCCGCCUCCGGCGACGAUCCCGACGCCGCCGACAAGCCUCCCAGGAAGAAACGCUACCACCGACACACUCCCCAGCAAAUCCAAGAGCUCGAAGCCAUGUUCAAAGAGUGCCCUCAUCCCGACGAGAAGCAACGAUCGGAGCUCAGCCGCCGCCUUUGCCUGGACGCCCGUCAGGUCAAGUUUUGGUUCCAAAAUCGACGAACUCAGAUGAAGACACAACUCGAGCGCCACGAGAAUUCGAUUCUCCGGCAAGAGAACGACAAGCUCCGGACGGAAAACAUGGCGAUCCGCGAGGCGAUGAGGAACCCAAUCUGCACCAACUGCGGCGGUCCGGCGAUAAUCGGCGAGGUGUCUAUCGAGGAGCAGCACCUCCGGAUCGAGAACGCUCGCCUGAAAGACGAGCUCGACCGUGUCUGCGCUCUCGCCGGAAAGUUCUUAGGCCGCCCUGUCUCCGUCCUAGCGCCGCCGGUCCCCACCUCCACCUUGGAGCUCGGCGUCGGCAACAAUGGCUACGGAUCCUUCGCCUCUCUCCCUGAAUUCAGCAUGUCGGUUCCCUCCGUGCCGCCGCCCAAGGCGAAUCCGAUGGAAAGAUCUGUUUACUUGGAGCUCGCAUUGGCGGCCAUGGACGAACUGGUGAAGAUCGCGCAGGCCGACGAGCCCGUUUGGGUUCGGGGGCCUGAAGGCCCGUGGGAAGUGCUCAACCACGACGAGUAUUGCCGGUCGUUCACGCGCUGCGCCAGCAUGGCGCCGACCGGCUUUGUCACCGAGGCGACGAGAGAGACCGGCGUUGUCAUCAUCAACAGCCUCGCCCUCGUCGAGACACUCAUGGACUCGAACAAAUGGGCGGAGAUGUUCCCUUGCAUCGUCACGAAAACCUCGACGACCGACAUGAUUUCGACUGGCAUGGGAGGGACGAGGAACGGCGCGCUCCACCUAAUGAAUGCAACCUUCCAAGUUCUAUCGCCGUUGGUUCCUGUCCGGGAGGUGAAUUUUCUGCGGUUCUGCAAGCAGCACGCGGAGGGCGUGUGGGCGGUGGUCGACGUGUCGAUCGAUGCUGUCGUCCGGGAGCCGCCCUCCGGCGCCGCCCCCAGCUGCCUCCGGCUGCCGUCGGGAUGCUUGGUUCAGGACAUGCCUAAUGGAUAUUCCAAGGUUACGUGGGUCGAACACGCUUUGUACGAUGAAAGCAUUGUUCACCAGCUCUACCGGCCAAUGAUAGCCUCCGGGAUGGGCUUCGGCGCCCAACGCUGGGUCGCGACCCUCCAAAGGCAAUGCGAGUGUCUCGCCAUUCUUAUGUCGUCCACAAUCCCCGCCCGCGACCACACUGCGGCGAUCACUGCCGGAGGGCGGAGGAGCAUGCUUAAGCUCGCGCAACGGAUGACGAAUAGCUUUUGCGCGGGUGUUUGCGCCUCGUCUAACCAUAAGUGGAAUAAAUUGCAUACCGACAAUGUGGACGAGAAUGUCCAAGUUAUGACAAGGAAGAGCAUCGACGACCCCGGUGAGCCCCCGGGCAUUGUGGUCAGCGCCGCGACGUCGGUGUGGCUGCCCGUGCCGCCUCAAAGGUUGUUCGAUUUCCUUCGGGACGAACGCCUUCGGAGCGAAUGGGACAUUCUAUCGAAUGGAGGACCUAUGCAAGAAAUGGCUCACAUUGCUAAAGGACAAGAUCAUGGAAAUUGCGUUUCUCUUUUACGGGCAAGCGCGGCGGUGAAUUCGAAUCAGAGCAGUAUGCUAAUCCUGCAGGAGACAUGCAUAGACGCGGCGGGGUCGCUUGUGGUCUACGCGCCAGUCGACAUCCCGGCGAUGCACGUCGUGAUGAAUGGCGGAGAUUCGGCCUACGUGGCGCUGCUCCCGUCGGGAUUCGCGAUUGUUCCCGAUGGCCCCGCCGCCGGCAACGGCGGCGGCGGCGGAGGGUCACUCCUGACCGUGGCGUUCCAGAUUCUGGUGAACAGUCUGCCGACGGCGAAGCUGACCGUGGAGUCGGUGGAGACCGUCAACAACCUCAUAUCGUGCACCGUCCAGAAGAUCAAGGCGGCGCUCCACGGCGGCGGCGACGCCGGAAGCCACCGUGAGUGAGGGAGCGAGCGUUUGCAGAAUUAGGGUUUGUUGGUUUUGUAUUUAUUGAGACGAUUCCCAAUUCGAUUGAUUAGCUGUUGUGAGGGUUUGUUUGGUGUUCAGUUAGGGAGUGAGUCAAGAACGAACCGCGCCGGAGAACAACCUUGCGCGGCGGCGGCUGUGGCGGCCGCCGCCGUGCAGGGCGGUGGUUCGGGUAUUGACUCAGUUUUAACCUGAUGUGUGGUGUGGAAUUUAUUUUAUUUGCUUUUUGCAUUA